AUGGGUCUAAAUUUGGAGGAGCUCUAUGGCAAAAAUUUAAGUGAAGAACAGGCUCCGCACGAGUAUUCCCAGUACCAACCCAAAAAGGGCUAUGGCUGGGCCAAUGCCUUGCCGGAGCGGCAAGGUCUGUAUGAUCCUGAGUACGAGAAGGAUGCCUGCGGUGUAGGCUUCGCAGCUCACAUCAAGGGAAAAGCAAGCCACAAGAUUGUUAGCGAUGCCCGCAAUCUUUUGUGCAACAUGACCCACCGAGGAGCCGUUGGCUCUGACGCACGGGACGGUGAUGGUGCUGGUGUGAUGACCAGUAUUCCCCACAAGUUCUUCAUCAAGAAUUUCGCCCGCGAGGUGGGUGUGGAGCUUCCCCCGCUGGGUCAAUAUGCAGUCGGCAACUUGUUCUUCAAGCCCGAUGAGGAGGCACUCAAGCAGUCCAUAGCCAGCUUUGAGGAAUUGGCCUCAACUCUAGGCUUGCGUGUUCUUGGAUGGCGUGAGGUUCCCCGAGACUCGACUAUCCUCGGUCCCGCUGCUCUUUCCCGAGAGCCCAUCAUUAUGCAGCCCUUUGUCGUGCUGAAAUCGGCAUACGGUGAAGGCAACAGGCCGGAGAUCACUGACACAGAAAAAUUCGACGCCAGAACCUUCGAGCUCCAGCUGUAUGUUCUACGGAAGCGCGCUACUCAUGUCAUCGGCCUCGGAAAUUGGUUCUAUCUGUGUUCGCUCAGCAACCGGAACAUCGUAUACAAGGGUCAGCUCUCCCCCGUGCAGGUCUACACAUACUACCAUGAUUUGGUGAACGUGGACUAUGAGGGUCACUUUGCUCUGGUACACUCGCGAUUCUCCACGAACACAUUCCCUUCCUGGGACCGCGCCCAACCCCUCCGAUGGGCCGCUCACAACGGUGAAAUCAACACCUUGCGAGGAAACAAAAACUGGAUGCGCGCACGGGAGGGUGUCCUUCGGUCAGAGGUCUUCGGUGACGAGCUCGACCAGCUUUAUCCCAUUGUUGAGGAUGGCGGUUCCGACUCGGCUGCGUUCGAUAACGUGCUUGAACUACUGAUGAUCAACGGCGUCCUGUCUCUUCCCGAGGCAGUAAUGAUUAUGAUUCCGGAGGCCUGGCAGGACAACCCAGCCAUGGACCCCGCCAAGUCCGCUUUCUACGAGUGGGCUGCGUGUCAGAUGGAACCCUGGGAUGGUCCGGCCCUGUUCACGUUCUCCGAUGGACGCUACUGCGGUGCUAACCUGGACCGCAACGGCCUGCGUCCGUGCCGUUUCUACGUAAUGGACGAUGACCGCAUUGUCUGCGCUUCUGAGGUCGGCGCUAUCGAUAUCGACCCCGAGAGAGUCAUUCAAAAGGGCCGCCUACAGCCUGGAAAGAUGCUGUUGGUGGAUACCGUGGCUGGGCGCAUCAUUGAUGAUGCUGAACUCAAGCAGACAGUCGCCCGGCGCCAGGACUUUGCUGGUUGGCUGGACAAGGAGCUUCUGAAGCUCCCUGCUAUCAAUAAACUGCUGCUUGACUCGAACGUGGACCUUUCUUUCGCUCUGGACGACAACACCAUCCAGAACGACCCUCGCCUCCGAGUGUUCGGGUACUCGUUCGAACAGGUCAGCUUGAUUCUUGGCCCGAUGGCCGCAGACUCCAAGGAAGCCCUGGGCUCUAUGGGUAACGAUGCUCCUUUGGCCUGCAUUUCUCAGCAGCCUCGUCUGCUCUACGAGUACUUCCGCCAGCUCUUUGCUCAGGUGACCAACCCUCCUAUUGAUCCUAUCAGAGAGGCUGUGGUCAUGUCUCUUGAAUGUUACGUCGGUCCUCAGGGAAACCUGCUGGCAAUGGACCCCUCACAAUGCCACCGUCUGCUGUUGCCUUCUCCCAUCCUGAGCAUCCCGGAAUUCAACGCUCUGAAAAACGUCAACCUGGCUCACAAGGACUGGACCGUGCGUACUAUCGACAUCACCUUCGAGAAGAGCAAGGGCACUGCUGGCUACAUUGAAGCGCUCGAUUCCAUCUGCGAUGCUGCCACCGAAGCCAUCGAGAAUGGCGAUAAGGUCAUCAUUCUCUCCGACCGCGCGACAUCUGCCACCCGUGUUCCGGUAUCCGCCUUGCUGGCUACCGGUUUGGUGCACCACCAUCUCGUCCGCAACAAGUGGAGGUCGCUCGCUGCUAUCGCAGUGGAAACCGCUGAGGCUCGCGAGGUCCACCACCACUGUGUUCUGCUCGGAUAUGGUGCAGAUGCGAUCAACCCUUAUAUGGCCUUGGAAUGCAUUCUCAAGAUGAACCGGGAGAAACUGUUCCGCAAGGACAUCUCCGACGAGAAGGUUGUACAGAACUACAAGUCAUCAUGUGACGGUGGUAUCCUCAAGGUUAUGAGUAAGAUGGGUAUCUCUACUCUCCAGUCUUACAAGGGUGCGCAGAUCUUCGAAGCCCUCGGUAUUGAUGACAGCGUUAUCGACCGCUGCUUUGCUGGCACUGCCAGUCGCAUCCGUGGUAUCACAUUCGAUUUGAUUGCCCAGGAUGCUUUCGCCUUCCACGAGCGCGGUUACCCUUCACGCCCAAUUGUCGAAGUGCCCGGUUUGCCGGAAUCCGGCGAGUAUCACUGGCGUGAUGGAGGCGAAGCCCACAUCAACGAUCCCACCAGCAUUGCCAAUGUGCAGGAUGCCGUUCGCACUAAGAACGACAAGUCCUACGAGGCAUACGCCAAGUCCGCACACGAGUCCAUCAAGAACUGCACACUGCGUGGAAUGCUCGACUUCGAUUUUGAUCAACGGAGCCCUAUCCCCAUUGACCAAGUCGAGCCCUGGACUGAAAUUGUCCGCCGCUUUGUGACCGGUGCCAUGUCCUACGGAUCCAUCUCCAUGGAGUCCCACUCUACUUUGGCCAUCGCCAUGAACCGCUUGGGCGGCAAGUCCAACACUGGUGAGGGUGGUGAAGAUGCCGAGCGUAGCAAGAGAAUGGAGAACGGCGACACCAUGCGGUCGGCCAUCAAGCAGAUUGCCUCUGGUCGUUUCGGUGUCACAUCGAACUACUUGGCUGAUGCUGAUGAGCUGCAGAUCAAGAUGGCUCAGGGUGCCAAGCCCGGUGAGGGUGGUGAGCUGCCUGGCCACAAGGUCGUCGGCCCCAUCGCUCGCACUCGACACUCCACCCCUGGAGUCGGCCUUAUCUCCCCUCCCCCUCACCACGACAUUUACUCGAUUGAGGAUCUGAAGCAGUUGAUCUACGAUCUCAAGUGCUCCAAUCCUAGAGCUCGUGUCUCCGUCAAGCUCGUGUCCGAGGUUGGUGUGGGUAUUGUCGCCUCUGGUGUGGCCAAGGCUAAGGCUGAUCACAUCUUGAUCUCUGGCCAUGAUGGUGGUACUGGUGCCUCGCGCUGGACUGGUAUCAAGUACGCUGGUCUUCCUUGGGAGUUGGGUCUCGCAGAGACCCACCAGACUCUCGUCUUGAACGAUCUUCGUGGUCGUGUUGUCGUCCAAACCGAUGGCCAAAUCCGUACUGGCCGUGAUCUCGCCAUUGCCUGUCUUCUUGGUGCUGAAGAAUACGGCUUUGCUACGACUCCGUUGAUCGCGAUGGGAUGUAUUAUGAUGAGGAAAUGUCAUCUGAAUACCUGCCCCGUUGGUAUUGCCACUCAGGACCCCGAACUGAGAAAGAAGUUCCAAGGUACACCGGAGCAUGUCAUCAACUUCUUCUUCUAUGUCGCCAAUGAGAUGCGUGCUAUCAUGGCAAAACUGGGCAUUCGCUCCGUCAACGAGAUGGUUGGUCGCGCCGAGCUGCUUAAGGUCCGGGACGAUAUUCGCAAUGUCAAGCAAGAGCGCAUUGACCUGUCGCUUAUCCUGACUCCUGCCCACUCGCUUCGUCCUGGGGUCGCUACCUACAAUGUCCGCAAGCAGGAUCAUCGCCUUCACACUCGCUUGGAUAACAAGCUGAUCGCUGAGUCGGAGCUUGCUCUCGAGAAGGGUCUUCCCUGCCGAAUUGAGUGUGAUAUUGUCAACACUGAUCGUGCUCUGGGAGCUACCCUCUCCUACCAAAUCAGCAGACGUUAUGGUGAAGCCGGUCUUCCCCAAGACACCAUUCACGCGAACAUCAAGGGCUCUGCUGGUCAAUCCUUCGGUGCUUACCUCGCACCUGGUGUGACCCUUGAGCUUGAGGGUGACGCCAACGACUAUGUCGGCAAGGGUCUGUCUGGUGGCCGUCUCAUUGUUUAUCCCCCUCGUGGAGCCGCUUUCAAGGCUGAAGAGAACGUCAUUGUAGGUAACACCUGUCUCUAUGGUGCUACCCGCGGAACUUGCUACUUCCGUGGUAUGGCUGCUGAGCGUUUCGCCGUCCGCAACUCCGGUGCCACCGUUGUGGUUGAAGGCGUUGGUGACCACGGAUGUGAGUACAUGACUGGUGGUCGUGUACUCAACCUCGGACCCACUGGCCGCAACUUCGCUGCUGGUAUGUCUGGUGGUAUUGCUUACGUCCUGGACAAGAACCAAGACUUCCAUUCUAAGGUCAACUUGGAGAUGGUUGAGAUCUCCGGCAUUGAGGACCCUGCAGAGAUUGCCUUUGUUCGUGGCCUGAUCGAAGACCACCACCAUUACACUGGCUCUGAGCUGGCUGCUCGCAUUCUGCUCGACUUUACCCGUGCUCUUCCUCACUUCGUCAAGGUCCUACCUACUGACUACAAGCGUGUGAUGGAGGAAGAGGCUGCUAAGGCGGAAGCUGCUAAGAAGGCUGAAUUCACCCUUCCUCAGCUUCCCGGUGCACCUGUCAAGGCCGAGAAGGCCAAAGCGGAUGAUUCUAAGAAGACCGAUCUGCUGGACAUCGAAGACAGCAUCAGCGACUCAAAGACUGAGAAGAAGCGAUCCGCAUUGAUUCUGGACAAGACUAGAGGCUUCAUGAAGUACAGCCGCCGCAGUGAGAAGUAUCGCAAUGCGACAACCCGUACUCGUGAUUGGGGUGAGAUCUCCAGCCGCCUCAGCGAGGACGAACUCAAAUACCAGUCUGCUCGCUGCAUGGACUGCGGCGUGCCCUUCUGUCAGUCUGAUACUGGAUGCCCUAUUUCCAACAUUAUCCCCAAAUGGAACGAAUUGGUCUUCGCUAACCAAUGGCGGGAAGCUUUGAAUCGUCUGCUCAUGACUAACAACUUCCCUGAGUUUACUGGUCGUGUCUGCCCGGCACCUUGUGAGGGCGCAUGUGUCUUGGGCAUCAACGAAGAUCCCGUUGGAAUCAAAUCCAUUGAGUGCGCAAUCAUUGACCGUGGAUUCGAGAUGGGCUGGAUGGUACCCACCCCGCCUCCCACCCGAACUGGAAAGACCGUUGCGAUCAUUGGAUCCGGACCCGCUGGUCUGGCUGCUGCUGAUCAGCUCAACCGCGCUGGUCACACUGUCACUGUUUACGAGCGUGCCGACCGAUUCGGCGGUCUCCUGAUGUAUGGUAUUCCCAACAUGAAGCUUGACAAGAAGAUCGUUCAGCGCCGUGUCGACCUGAUGGCCGCUGAGGGUAUCAAGUUCGUUGCGGGCACUUCGGUCGGUCCCGACUCCGAGGUAUCCCUGCAAUCCCUUCGGGCCACCAACGACGCUGUCAUCAUCGCCACUGGUGCCACUGUUGCGCGUGACCUCAAGGUCACUGGCCGUGAAUUGGAUGGUGUGCACUUUGCCAUGCAAUUCUUGCACAAGAACACCAAGUCCCUCCUUGACUCCGAACUUUCGGAUGGCGAAUAUAUUUCUGCCAAAGACAAGCACGUCGUCGUCAUCGGUGGUGGUGAUACCGGUAAUGAUUGUAUCGGUACCUCCGUCCGUCAUGGUGCGAAGUCGGUGACCAACUUCGAGUUGUUGCCUCAGCCUCCACCAGAGCGUGCCCGUGACAACCCCUGGCCCCAGUGGCCCCGUAUCUACCGUGUCGACUACGGUCACACCGAAGUCAAGACGCACAUGGGCAAGGACCCCCGUGAGUACUGUGUCAUGUCGACCGAGUUUGUCGAUGAUGGCAACAACCGCGUCAAGGGCAUCAACACCGUCCGUGUCGAAUGGACCAAGAGCGCCACUGGCGGUUGGGACAUGAAGACCGUCGAAGGCAGCGAGCAGUUCUUCCCCGCUGACCUUGUUCUCCUCUCCAUGGGAUUCUUGGGUCCGGAGGACCGUCUACUUGGUGACGAGAUUGAGCGUGACCCCCGCAAGAACGUCAAGACCCCUCCAGGACACUAUUCAACCAACAUUCCCGGCGUCUAUGCGGCAGGUGACUGCCGCCGUGGACAAUCCUUGAUUGUCUGGGGUAUCAACGAAGGUCGCCAGUGUGCUCGUGAGGUGGAUGCUUUCCUCAGCGGAACCAGCUCUCAGCUCCCCGUCACCGGCGGUAUCGUCCGUCGUCCUGCCAUCGACGCCGUUCCCCAGCCUACCGAGGUUGCUGCUUGA